UGCGUCCUGCUGUCAUUUGGGACGAUUAGCAUUUUAUGUCGGGCUCGCUCUAUUUAAAAUGUGGUUUCGCUCGGCAACUUUUUGAUGCAAACGAGAAGGAGGGAAACAAAAGCUGUUUUAUGUGGGUUGCAUACAGCCAGAGGAUAUUUUUUUCUCUGGUUGUGUGCAGGCUGGAAGUUUGCGAGGAGACUUUGAGGGGAGGUGCGUGGAAGCCGAGGCUGCUUCCCUUGCGUUUGGCGUUGCCGGUGGAAAUUUAACUCCAAGGCUGGGGGAGUUGUCACUGGGACUGAGCGGAUUGCCGGACCGGGAGCGUGCAACAGCGUCGGAGGGGGGGCGUGAGAGCACAUAACACACACUCUCUCUACUGGGGAAUAACCGCAAAGGCGAGGCGGGGAGAGGGGAAUAGAGGGGAGAAGAGGAAAAGUUUUUAUUUCUACGGGAGUGACCCUGAAAUUGCAAGAGGGGACCGGGAGGAUGGCCAAAGACCACCUGAAGCCCCGCUUGUGUCAUAUGAUAAAAGGGGAGAACGGCUACGGUUUCCACUUGCACGGCGAGAAAGGCAAAAGCGGCCAGUACAUCCGAAAAGUGGAACCCGGCUCACCGGCGGAGGCAUCGGGUCUGCACGCCGGGGACCGGGUGGUCGAAGUUAACGGCGAGAAUGUGGAGAAGGAGACGCACCAUCAGGUUGUACAGAGGAUCAAGGCAGUGGAGAAUGAGACAAGACUGCUGGUAGUGGAUAAGGAGACCGAUGAAUACCUGCAUAAUCAACGGCUCGCUAGUACAGAGGACUAUGGCCAGAGCCUCCCACCAGAUAAGACCAAGGAUAAUGGUGAAGUAUGGAAACCGCAAGUAGUCCUGAGCAGUGGCGAGCCUACAAGAUUAUCAAACAGGUCCAUUGAUAGCAACAAAAAGAACUUGAAUGCUGUGAGUGCCGCUUGGCUAAACCAGAAUGCAGUGGAGUUGGGUGAAAACAGAGAGUUGCAACAGUUAGUCAAUGGACAAACCAAAGAACUGUGCCCUCGGUUGUGCUGCAUGCAGAAGUGCCAAAAUGGCUACGGCUUUAACCUUCACAGUGAGAAAGCAAAACCAGGGCAAUAUAUCCGAUCUGUCGAUCCAGAUUCCUGUGCUGCUAAAGCUGGCCUGCGGCCUCAGGACAGAGUUGUGGAGGUGAAUGGUGUGAACAUUGAAGGGAAGAAGCAUAGUGAAGUUGUAGCUCAUAUCAAGGCCUGUGAAGAAGAGGCUAGGCUGUUGGUGGUGGAUCCAGAAACAGAUCAGUACUUCAAGAAACUUGGAAUAACUCCAACUGAAUCACAUUUGAAAGGGCCUUUGCCACAACCGCUGGCAAAUGGAUCACCGCGAACACAGGUGAAAGGAGAACUGGAGAAUGACCCGUUUGUAGAGAGUGGAUUGAAUCUAAGUCCUACAGCAGCUGAAACCAGAGAGAAAGUGCAGGCUAAACGUAAGAACAAGAGGGCACCUCCAAUGGACUGGAACAAGAAGCAUGAAAUUUUCAGCAACUUUUAAACUGGAUGGAUUGUCCUAUGAACAUUUCUGUACUCCUGACCUUCAAGCAGACUUAACAUCAUUCAAUUUUUUUUUGCCCCUCUGUAUCAAUUUGCUGGCAUGGUAGAAAAAAAUGCCUGUUAAUAUGAUCAUUAAAAGACUGUGACCAAAACAUAUUUAUGCCAGCUGCUUAUUUGCUUUGUGCUUGAGGUAUAUCUUGCAUAAGAUUUGUUGUAGCGCAGUUUUAAUCAAGCUAAAUGACUGUGUUUUUCCAUCAGGUUUGUUUUUUUUUUGCUUAAUUUUUUUUUACAAGGGCUGGGUUCUGGUUAUUGCAAUUAGCCUUCAUUACAGGACAGAAUAACUGGAUUAUUAGUCUUACUUUCUGAAGUAGAAUGUCUUUUGUGACAGUUCGCAUAUGAUUUUAUUUGUCUCGUCUAAUAGCCUCCAGUCUGCCAAUCCUUACACUCGAGCAACAUGCUGGCCUUUCUGUUAAGUGUUUAUAGAGCUGCCUGGUUAAGUGUCUUUGUUUACCUGGUCCUGUUUUUUUUAACACUGUCACAGGUUAUAGUUUCACCAGAUGGUGCUUGAAAUGCAGUCUUAUUAGUUUUAAUGGAAUUUACAAAUCGUGAGGCAGGUAAGAGGGGGAGGUAUGUGGCGUAUUAUAUUCCUGAGCAUUAAAGCCUUCAUGUAAUACACUAGAUAGAGGAACCAUUUACUGCACAUAAGAAAUGUCUCAACUCUUUUAUUUUUGUAUACUAACUGCUGUUUUAGGCAGCAUUGAAAAUAUUUUUUACGUAUUUUCCCCGCAACAUUUUCACGAGAUUUAUAGUGAUUGUAAUCAGUCACUAAGCAAACGGAGUUAUUUCAAGCAAUGACAAUUGAGUGCUAAUAAUAGAGAUUAAAUAUUGUCUCAGCACGCACUGAAAUAUCAUUGGAUGGCGUUGGGGAUAGCAAGGUAUAUUCAAUACCAUCACUGGUUGUCCAUUAAUAAGCACAUGCUUCACAAUAGGUUUAGAUUGAUUUUGUUCAGAAGUAAGGUUCAUUUGUGGGUUUUAUCAACAAAAUACAAUGGUUGGAAUUAACCAAACUAACUUGAAGUAUUCAUGUUGAUCCCCGAAUGAAUACAGUAAUAAAAUCUAUUUGAAACAUGUAUUCUAAGGAUUCCUGCAGGUCGGUGCUCUAAUGAGGUGAAAGUAGUUGAAAGAAUUGGUUUGAGAUCGUCAAAAAUGUAUUUGCUGCAUUGACUGAGAAUUGCAAAGGGUGGGAGGUCAAUACAUUUCAGUGUUUUAGAUUCUGACCAGCUCUUCCUGUUUAAACUACAUUUUCCACUACGUUACCUUUUUAAAUGUUUUCUGAGAAUAGAAUAAAUCACUUUGUGUGCACGUGUGCUCUAGUUGCAAGCGAGACCCCCUUCUGCAGCUGGCUGCAAUUCUUGGAUAAUUUUUUUGUUGUUGCAAUGCUCAGCUUUUAACUUUGUACUCUUGUGACACACCGUGGCUGUCUUGUUUCCAACCUCGUAUAUUUUAAUGACUCUUACUCACAAGGCCAAAAUCUAGGUGCCACAUUUUGAAUAGUUUCUACAUAUUCAAGGUAUAAAAUAAUGACAAACAUUGCUUAACACUGCUAAUGGAGGAUAACACUGUUUGGGAUUUGCAUGGAUCUUGUAACUUCUUAGACUGAAACAACCACAAACAUUCAACAUAUCUUUGUAUAAAACCUGAAAAUGUUGGAAAACUCGGCAACUCAGGAAGCAUCUUUGGAGAGACAAAACAGUGUUAAUAUUUCAGAAAUACAAACAUAGCUUUGGACAAACUAAACAAGAUCAGCAGCACCUGUGGAAAGAGAAACCAUUAAUUGGACUUGAAGCAUCAAGUUUAUUUCUGUCCACGAAUGCUGCCAUACCUGCUGAGUUGCUCCAGCACUUUAUUUUUAUUUCAGAAUAUCCAGCAACUGUAAUAUUUUGCAUUUAUUUUAGGGUUAAUAGUUCAAGUUGAUUACUAUCACCAUUAAAAUCUUAUAGUGGAUCAUUUGAUCUGAAAUAUUUAAUGCUCUGUAUUUCUCUCUAAGAUGCUAACUGAUCAUCAUUUUUUUGUUUCUGAUUUUCCAGCAUUCACAGGAUUUUUAUGUUGUUUUUAUUUCAGUUUAAAGUAUUAGAAACAAAAUGAGCUGGAAAAAGUGAAAUGCUGAUUAGGAAAAUUAGAUGGUUUGUGGACUGUCGUCAGCCUUGAGAGGUGGAAAGUAUUAAUCAGCAUGAAAACCAUCUGUUAUAGGAACUGAAUAAUCUUUGCUUUCUAGCUGAAUACAUUUCAGUCAAUAAUGCAAGAUAAAUAGCUACUUGAAGGAAGCAUGUAAACAUUUAUAUAAUCAGGCAGAUUUCUGAUACCAGUGAUUUGUGCGGUCAUUAUGUCUUAUACGUCUGGAAAUCUAGUUUGAAAACCUCAUAAGCACAUUUCAGUAACUUGUAUAAUAUGGUCUUCUGUGUAUACUGUAUAUUGUCAAUAAAUGUA